AUGGGGGUAGCAUCAACUUUCUUAGAGACUAUUGCUGCUAUCAGAAUUUGUGGUACCCUGAAAGAUACCUGGCUGUGGGGAGCUGAACCUAAUGGCAUCUUCUCUACUAAAUCAGCCUACAACCUCAUUAAAGCAGAGCAGCUUUUGGAAGAUCAAGAUUCAGGUUUUCACCAGCUUUGGGAUCUUAAAGUCCCCCCUAAGGUUCUGUCUUUUGCUUGGAGGCUGCUCUGGGAUAGACUCCCUACUAAGGAUAAUCUUUCUAGGAGACAAAUCCAGCUUGACAAUGACCUAUGCCCUCUAUGUCAAACUCAACCCGAAACUGCAUCCUAUUUGUUCUUCACUUGCGAUAAAGUGCUGCCACUGUGGUGGGAAUUCUUCACUUGGGUUAAGGAAGGCACAGUUCUACAUAAUAGUCCCAUGGCUAAUUUUCUUCACACCUCAACUACAACUGGAGGAAAGAAUAUUACUAGAAGAAGGAAGACUUGGUGGUUGGCUGCUACAAAGUCAAUCUGGCAAUCCAGAAAUGACUUGGUGUUUCACAAUCAGGCGUUUGAUAUUCAUAAGUUGAUAGAUAAUUCUAUUUUCCUCACUUGGACUUGGCUCAAGGGGUGGGAAAAGAAUUUCUGUGCUCCUUUUCACCACUGGUCCUCAGCAAUGUCCUUAGUUUUUGUUUAA